CAAAAAUACCAAAAAGAAAACCCCCAACCCCAGCCUCUCUGUUUCGCUCUCAUCUACCUUUCUUUCUCUCUCUUCUCCGUUCAUUUCAGCAGAGGAGAUAAGGGGAGAGGAAGCAGCCGCGGCGGCAGUGCAGCUGUUCUCCGACCGGUAGCAAUUCAGCUGAGGCGUGCUGUUAGGUUUUGUUGUCAUUUUGAAGAUCGGAGAUCUGGAAUACAUGGCGGAGCUGAGGAAGGUUUCAAGCCCUCUGGGAGAUGGAGGCGGAGCAACCAUUGAAGCUCGAUUUGCUAAUUUUUGCAAGAAUGAUCUUCGGUUGGACGACGACAAUGUUUUGGGGGAAGCGACAAAGUUGUUAUGCCAGACCAAGAAUCUUCUGCAGGCUAACAUCUCUGCUAUUGGAACUGGAACUCCGGAUGAAGCAGAACGGUAUUGGUUCUCUUUUGUUCUCUACUCAGUAAGACAACUCAACGUGAGUGGUGGCCUGAAAGAAAAAGGACUGACUUUAUGCCAGAUUCUGCGAGCUGCAGAGCUUAACAUCUCUGAUUUCUAUAAAGAACUUCAUCAAUUUCUGAUCAAGGUUGGGUCAAUAUUGAGUAGCAUUUAUGGUAUUGACUGGGAGAAGAGGCUUGAGGCAAAGGAAUCCCAAACCAACUUUAUACAUUUGACCCUUUUGAGCAAGAAAUAUGAGCGUGCAUUUAGGGAACUUUUCACCGUGGCUGAGGCUCAUAACAACAUUUGUUUUAAUGUUGACAAUACUGGGAAGCAUGGAUCAGACUAUUUCCGUUUUGGAUGGUUACUAUUUCUGGCUCUUCGUGUGCAUGUGUUCCAUCUUUGCAAGGACCUGGUGACAUGCACUCAUGGCUUGGUUUCUGUAUUGGCAGUUCUCCUUAUACAUGUCCCAGCAAGCUUCAGAAAUUUUAAUGUUAAUGACUCUGAAAAAAUUGUUAUGAAAGGUGACAAGGCUGACCUCAUAGCAUCACUUUGCAAUAUGUAUGAAACAUCUGAAGAUGAGCUAAAGAAAACUUUAGAGAAAGCAAAUGAUUUGAUUACUGAUAUAUUGAAGAAGAAACCUUGCUUAGCUUCUGAAUUUCAGCCAGAAAACUUGAAAGAUAUUGUAACAGAUGGUUUGGUCUAUUUUGAAAAAUUAAUGGAUGCAUCAUCUUUCUCAUCAAGUAUUAGUCUACUAGAAAAGGAUUAUGAUGCUGCAAUCCACAAGGGUGAAUUGGACGAGAGGAUUUUUAUCAAUGAGAAUGACAGCUUGCUAGCUCCAGGAACUUUGUCUGUUGGUUCUGUAAAUAUGAACGGAAAUGGAGUUAAGAGAAAACUUGAUGCUAUUUCCUCCCCAACGAAGACUAUUAUGAGCCCAUUGUCUCCUUAUCGCUCUCCUGGACGGCUUUCAAACGGCGUCUCCAUUAGUGGUAUGUCCAAGAUUGCAGCUACUCCUGUCAGCACAGCAAUGACCACUGCAAAAUGGCUUCGAACAAUUAUAGCUCCCCUUCCAUCUAAACCUUCAGUAGAGCUGGAAAGAUUUCUGUCAUCAUGUGACAGGGAUAUAACUUCUGAUGUCACAAGGCGGACUCAAAUAAUACUUGAGGCUAUAUUUCCGAGCAGUGGUCCAGGACAGAAUGCAAGCUUGAUGGAUAAUAUAUGGGCUGAACAGCGUCGCAUGGAAGCAAUGAAGCUUUACUACAGGGUUCUGCUAGCAAUGUGCAUUGCCGAGUCCCAGAUUUUGCAAGCGAACAACUUAACAUCUUUGCUUACCAAUGAGAGAUUUCACAGAUGUAUGCUUGCAUGUUCUGCUGAAUUGGUUCUCGCCACUCAUAAAACUGUGACAAUGUUGUUUCCGACCGUACUAGAGAGAACUGGAAUAACAGCAUUUGAUCUUAGUAAGGUGAUAGAGAGCUUCAUACGACAUGAAGAAAGUCUCCCAAGGGAGCUCAGGAGGCAUUUAAAUUCACUGGAAGAACGACUACUGGAGAGCUUGGUUUGGGAAAAAGGCUCUUCAAUGUACAACUCCUUGAUUGUAGCAAAACCUGCCCUCUCUGCAGAGAUAAAUCGCUUUGGACUAGUUGCUGAACCAAUGCCAUCUUUGGAUGCAAUUGCGUUGCACAAUAAUAUGUCGUGCGGCAUCUUACCGCCAGCACAGCUGAAGCUAGAAAAGCAGGGUCAAAAUGGAGAUAUUCGAUCACCAAAAAGAAUAUGCCCUGAGUAUCGAAGUGCAUUAGUAGAGAGGAAUUCCUUCACUUCCCCUGUGAAGGACAGGCUUUUGGUCCUGAACAAUCUGAAAUCUAAGUUUCCACCUGUUUUACAGUCUGCUUUUGCCAGUCCUACAAGACCAAAUCCUGGCGGUGGCGGGGAAACAUGCGCAGAGACAUCAAUUAAUGUGUUUUUCAGCAAGAUUGUUAAGUUAGCCGCUGUCAGAAUCAAUGGCAUGGUUGAACGGCUACAGCUCUCCCAGAAUAUAAGAGAGUCUGUUUACUCUCUUUUCCAAAAGAUUCUUAGCCAGCAGACAACCCUGUUCUUCAAUCGACAUAUCGAUCAAAUUAUUCUCUGCUGUUUCUAUGGAGUUUCUAAGAUUUCCCAGUUGAACCUGACAUUCAAAGAAAUCAUUUUCAACUACAGAAAGCAACCUCAUUGCAAACUACAAGUCUUUCGGAGCGUCUAUCUUGAUCGGGCAGGUUCCCGUUACAAUGCGAAAACUGGUCCGGAUCAUGUUGACAUCAUUACAUUCUACAAUGAGGUCUUUGUUCGUGCGGUGAAGCCACUUCUGAUUGAGCUCGCUCCUGGUGGAUCGUUACAGAGUAAUUCUCAAGACCCGGAGUCUAGGAAUAGCAACGAUGGUCCGUGCUCGCCGUCACCCAAAACUUCGCCAUUCCCGAGUCUUCCGGACAUGUCCCCGAAGAAAGUUUCGGCAGCGCAUAAUGUUUAUGUCUCUCCUCUGCGAUCAUCCAAGAUGGAUGCACUAAUCUCUCACAGCUCUAAAAGCUACUACGCCUGCGUGGGCGAAAGCACUCACGCCUACCAGAGCCCUUCCAAAGACCUGACUGCAAUCAACAACCGCCUAAACGGAACCCGGAAGCUCCGAGGAACCCUCAACUUCGACGACGUCGAUGUCGGCUUGGUAACAGACUCGAUGGUCGCCAACAGCCUCUACAUCCAGAACGGUAACUGCUCGACAGCAUCGCACCCACCCACACCCGUGAAAACCGAGCAACCGGAAUCUUGACCGGGGAAUCCGAGAUUUCCUUGGUAUGUAGAUAAAAUUUGCUUGUGAUGGUGUCUCUCUUAAUUUACUAGCUUAGAUGAUGAUUAUGAUGCGGGGGUUGUGUUAUGAGCGGUGAAUUGUCGCAUAUUAGCCGCCACUGAUCCCGGCUGGCGUCGUUGGCGUUGGCGUCGUUUUCGACUUAGCAUUGCUGCUAGCUUUGUAAUAAAGUUGUAGUAGUUUACCCUUCUACUAACCUUUGCUGUGGACCUUAAUGAUAUUUUUUUUUUUGUAAUUUUUAAGAUCCAAGAAAUUUCAAUAUACAGUUAUGGGUAUGAGUAUUUAAA